AUGGACUUUACGGCAGCGUUCCGGCAUGCCAGCGCGGCGUGCAUCUGCUACUCUCCCGGUUCCACCUUUCUCGCCUCGGUCAGCGGCGACCUGCCGCGCACCUUGCUGGUGCGGGCCAGCUCCACGCUCCAAGUCAUCCGCAGCUGGAACCUCGAGACCAACAUCGACGCCAUCGAGUGGUCAAAGGACGGCUCCUUCAUCCUCGUCACCACCACCGAUCGACAGGACAACGGCGUCGUCUAUGUCGUCUCGCUCGAUCCGGGCAAGGAGGCCAAUGACGGAUCAGACGAGGACCAGGGCUGGGUCGCAAGGAUAGCCUCGGGAUCCGAAGGCCUCGUCGGCGCCACAUGGACACCGCUCGUCGGGCCGCGCAGCGUCGUCAUGUUCAGCCAGCACCAGCUGCGCGCUUCCAUCUACAGCCUACCGGACCAGACCAUCUCUGCAAUCGAGGGCCCCAAGCGGAACAAGCUGAUACGGACCGCCAAGAGGCCCGACCGCUUCGCCAUGAUCCUCAAGGGCGCGGACCGCGAUCAGAUCCACAUAUUCAAGUGCGAGAGGAUAUCUGCGGCAGAGAUGAGGGAGAGCGCCCACGUCUUGAAAUCAGAGGAGCAGUGGCAGCUCGACGUGUCCUUCGCGCUGGCUACGAACGACUGCGCUGAUGCAGCCUGGUCACCGGAUGGGCUGCAUAUCGCAGUGUGGGAGGGCCAGCUAGAAUACAAGCUCCUGGUCUACACGCCGUUGGGCCGUCUUCGAUCGACAUUCGGCGCCGAAGCUCUCUCGGGGGGCGAACCGUCCCAUCGGGCACCCCUCGAUCCAAGUCCAGCAACAUCGUCGCCACACAUGGGCGCUUCCCAAAGCGGCGGCGCCAGGCUGCGGUCCUCAGCGGCAUCGUCGGGCUCCGCGGGCAAGGCGCGGAGGGAGGACGAGGCGCUCAUGUCCGUCGCGGGUGGCGGUCUAGGUCUGCGCGAGGUGCGGUGGCAUCCGAGCGGCAAGUAUCUUGCUCUCGGAGGCUACGAUGAGCAGCUCCGCAUACUCGAAAGCCAAGAGUGGACGGAGACGUGCUCGUUCGACCUCUCAAAGCGGCUGAUCGGCGGCCAAGGUGCGAGUGAGGCCACUAGCGCAUACGGACGUCUGCAAGCAUUCCGUGAACCUCUGAAUUGGCUCGAAGAAACGCACGCUCGCGGCAUCGCCCCAUUCGAGAUGGCGAGCCUGCCGCUGUCGCCCGCCGCGCUUCGCACCGAUACUGAAAAGCCGAACCCGAAGCUAGGGAUCAGCUGGAUGGACUGGAGCCCCGAUGGGCACCUGAUUGCUUCGUUCAACGAGCGUCUACCCUUUACGCUCUUCGUCCAUGCGUUCUCGAGCGAAGAGGCUUCCGCGCCAAGUCGCCCGUCACUGCUCUCGGUGCUGCAGACAAACAUGCCGAUCAAGCGGGUCGCUUGGAAACCUGCGCAUCGAGGCAAGUUCGCCGUCGUGUGCGACACCCAGGCGCUGUACACCUGGGAGCUCCUUGACGAUUCAUGCGGCGACGGAAGCUUCACACAGAGGGCAGAAGCCAUCCCGAUCCCCACUGACGACUUCCGGGCCAGCGACGUGCGAUGGUCGCCCGACGGGCAGAAGAUCCUCAUCGCGUCGGACCAGACGUUCUGCUGCGCCUUUGAGACGCUCGAUGAGCCCGUCUACGCCGCUGGGUUGGACGACUCGAACUCGCAAAACUACUCGCGAUGA